AAAUUCAAAGAGGGCCAGCUAAUGGGCACAGCAUGCAGCAUUAAUCUCAAGAAAUCAGAAUUAUCCUCAAAGACACAGGACUCUUAAGUACAAUGAUCUGUAUAGUAUUUGUUUUCCUUGCUUUUCUCCUGCAUCCUGCCAUUGAAGGAUCCCCACUUCCAAGCAAGGGCCGCUGCAUCUGCAUAGGAAGUGGGGCUAACUUUAUUUCUCCAGCGCACAUCAAGACGAUGGAAAUAUUUCCGUCUUCCGCAUUCUGCGCACAGAUCGAGAUAAUUGUUACUCUGAAAGAUAAAACAAAGAAAUGCUUGAAUCCCAAAUCCAAAUUUACCCUGAAGAUCAUGAAAAAUGCAAAGAAAUCAAGACACUCAUGAUUCGCAUCCCAUCUCUGAAGACAUAACAAAGUUAAGCCUAAGGGUAAAGGGGCCUUCACGUUCUUCCGAUUUUAUUUGGAAUCAAUCUCAUUCUGCUUUGCCUGCCUUAAGUGUCUGCCAGGUCUGGUAGCUAAAAACGUGAUAUAAAAGCAAUGUGAUCAUGAAUUUUUAAAUGGAUUUCAGAUGCCUGAUUUCUCCUGUAUUGACCAACCUGAUUUUGUACUGGAGAAUGUUGCAUGAAUAAUAAAAGAAAACAUUGAUAUAUUAUUUUUAUUAUAAUGAAAGCUGUACAGUUGAAAAGGAUGUUAAAGGAGUCAAUUUCUAUAAGCUCUGGUACUCUUGUAAAUAAUAUUUAUUUUUCCAGUGCUCAAGUAUAAGUGUCUUGUUCAAUAUGCUGCUCUGAUGAAGAUAAUAUGUUCUUGUAAACUGUUAUAUUUUGUCAAAUGCCAUAAUUAACAGAUAUUCAUUGUACAAGUGCUGCAGUAAUAUGGAUGAAAUUCCAUACUUUUAUAUAAAUAAAAAUAGACU